GUUGGGUUCCUGUGUGUGUUCCUCUAUGUGUGUUUGUGCUGGGUGUGGUCUUCCAUGUGAGCAGGGUGAGGCUCAGAAAUUUAAACGGUCUCUUCAAGUCAGGCAGUGUGAGUCUGCAGCUCAGGUGAACACAGAUCUCAGAUCACCUUCAUGGAUCUCUCUGACGCCCUCGAAGACUGGCCAUCUGGUGGUAACCAAUCAACAGGCAGCGGCAUGUGGUCUGGAAACAACCCCAACCCCAACCCCAACCCCAACCCCACCUGGCCAGGUCAACCUGCAUCCAACCCCACCUGGCCAGGUCAACCUCAGCCCAACCCAACAUGGCCUGGACAGCCAUCUGCAGGUGGACCCACAUGGCCUGGAGGACAACCCACCCAACCUUCCUGGCCCUCUCCUCAACCAACAUCAGGAGGAGGUUGGCCAAGUCCCGCUCCUGGACCCACGCCGGCUCCCCCAUCUGCACCUCAGAGAAGUCUGAGUGUCCCGUACUAUCAUCAGCUUCAGAAUGGAGUUCAUGACAAAAUGUUGAUCACCAUUGUUGGAACUGUCAACCCCAAUCCACAAAAGAUCACAGUGGACCUGAACGCUGGUCAUGACUUUGCCUUUCACUUUAACCCUCGUUUUAAUGAGGAUGGCCAUAAGGUGAUCGUCAGGAACAGCUGCAUCGGAGACAAGUGGGGAAAAGAAGAGAGAGAGAUCUCCAACUUUCCCUUCGUACCUGGUCAGAGAUUUGAGAUGAAGAUCUUGUGCACCAACACAGAGUAUCGAGUGGCUGUAAACAACUCUCACAUUGUGGAGUACAAACACCGCCUUCCUAACCUCAGGGCCAUCAACAGGCUUUCCAUCUACAAUGAUGUCACACUGCACGAUGUGCAAGUGACAAGAUUACCAUGAAGGCUUCUACCCAGCAUGAAGAGGAGACAUAUAGCCAAACUAUAAAGAUUAAUGUCUCUAUGCUCUUGAAUAUUCCAAUAAAGUGCCUGUGAUGCUGCU